AUGAAAGAGAUUAAAAAUCAUUUAGAAGUUAACAAUAAUGAAAAGUCAAAUUCAUUAGAAAGUGAAUUAUUCAGACCAAUUCAAGAAAAUAUCAAUAUUCAAGACUUUAAAGUUUUAGUUGAUUCAGUCGAAGCACACAAAUACAAAGAUGCUGCAAGAGCAUUCAUCAGAACCAAUCCAAAGUUCAAAGAAAACUUUAUUGGUUUAGAUAUGUCAUCAUAUAGACAAUUGGUAUUAGAACAGUGUGAAGAAUUUGCAAAAAGUGGUCUUGUUCAUUUCACCGAUAUCAAACAAAACAUCUUUAGAUACGCUGGUAUAGUCGAAAUGUUAGCAUUAUUCAAUAAUAAUAUUUGUACAAAAUUAGGUGUUCAUUUUACAUUAUUUGGUGGUACAAUUAUGUUUUUAGGAACUGAAAGACAUCAGAAAUACAUUGAAGAUGCCAAUACCCUCAAAACUGUUGGUUGUUUCUCAAUGACUGAAAUUGGUCAUGGUUCAAAUGUUCGUGGUAUUGAAACCACUGCCCACUACGACCCAUCAACUAAAGAGUUUAUCAUCAAUUCACCAACCCCAACCUCACAAAAAUUCUGGAUCGGUGGUUCUUAUUUACAUGCUACCUAUACUACUGUCUUUGCCAAUCUCAUCAUCAAAGGUGUUAACCAUGGUGUUCAUGCUUUUGUCGUCACUCUCCGUGAUAAGAAUGGAAACGUUUUACCAAAAAUAACUAUCAAAGAUUGUGGCCAUAAAUUAGGUUUAAAUGGUAUUGAUAAUGGACAACUUAAAUUCGAUCAUGUUCGUAUUCCAAGAGAAAACCUCUUAAAUAAAUAUAGUGAUGUCACUGAAGAUGGUACCUACAAGAGUCAAUUCAGUUCACCAAUCAAAAACUUUGCUGCCACUAUGGCUCCAUUCAUUGCUGGUAGAAUGGCAAUCACCAAAGGUUGCAGUGGUGCAUUAAAGACCAGUCUUGCCAUUGCCAUCGAUUUCUCCUACGUCAGAAAACAAUUUGGUCCAACCCUCGAAAAUGAACAACCAUUAAUUACUCUUUCUUCCCAACAAAGACGUUUAAUGGCUCCAUUAGCAAGAACCAUUCUCUUUGAUCUCUAUGUUCAACGUCUCACUAGAGAACUUGCACAACCAAAGCAACCAAUCUCAAUUCAUGCUCACUGUUCUGGUAUUAAAGCCAUCUAUUCAUGGCAUUGUGUACAAAACCUCCAAGUUUGUAGAGAAGCUUGUGGUGGUCAAGGUUAUCGUUCUGCAAAUCGUAUUGCCGAAUUCAAAAAUGAUUGUGAUAUCAUUUGUACCUAUGAAGGUGAUAAUACAGUUUUAAUGCAACAAUUAGCCAAAUACCUUUUAGCUCUCCCAGAAUCAAAAGUUCAACAACCAACUAUUUAUUUAGAUGGUGAUGAUGCCAAAUCAUUACUCUUCAACUUUGAAAACAUCAAGAGACUCUUUGACCAAAGAGAACAAAUGAGAUUAAAAGAAUUAAAACAAAUCAUUUCAAACUCUAAAGAAUCAUCAUAUAAUGCUUUCAAUAAUGCUAUUCCAUGGUCUGUUAAAUUAGGUUAUGCUCAUAUGAACAAAAUCGUUUUUGACCAUGCUAUCACCACCCUCAAAGAAAAUAAUGUUAAACCAUUAGCUCAUUUAAUCAUGUUGGAUUCACUUGUCACCAUUGAAGAAGAUUUAGGUUGGUUUGUUACAAAUCAUUUAAUUUCAUCAAAUGUCGCUAAAGCCAUCCCAUUCUUAAUUCAAGAUCUUUGUUCAGAAGUUACUAAAGUUUCAAGACAAAUUCUUGAAUCAUUCGAUAUUCCAGAAAACUGUAAAGCUCCAUCAAAAGAUUUAAUCUCUGAUCUUUUUUAA